CUCGCGGAACGGCAGACCGGAAGGACACGCGUCGGCAGUUGGUACCUACCUAAUUUCAUAACUGAAGUUUUUCGUUCGUGAUUGUGUAAAAGAAAAGUGGUUUCUGGUGAACUUGUGUUUCAUUUCAGAUAUGGUCGAACCCGGGCUGAAGCUAUCUAAUGGGCCAGGUGCCCUCUGUAAAGUUUGCGGAGAUCGCGCAUCCGGUAAGCACUACGGUGUACCAUCGUGUGACGGUUGCAGAGGAUUCUUCAAACGAAGCAUCAGAAGGAAUCUCGAAUACGUUUGCAAGGAGGGUGGAAAAUGCGUUGUCGACGUAUCCAGGCGUAACCAGUGCCAGGCAUGUCGGUUUGCAAAGUGUCUGCAGGCGAAUAUGCGUCGGGAAGCUGUUCAACACGAACGUGCCCCUCGCAAUUGUGCCUCACUUGCAGCCAUGAAUGGAAUAAAUCCUUCCGAUUUCUACACCUCGCGAACGUUCGCGAUGCCACAGACAAAUCUAUUCUUCCCGCUCCCGCUACACAUAACGGCUUCGUCGGCGUUCACCCCCAUGGACCCAACCCGCUUCAUUCCUCCGUACGGGAGUACAGCCAUGUUCGAUCACUUUCCGCCGACGGCAUUCGGGGCAUCUUCUGCGCCACCCAUGUCCGCCAAUGUGAAAAGCGAAAAAUCAAUUUCGGAGUCAAUUUUCACCAAGAUCACCGGCGACACGGCUCCACUUCAACCGCCACCGUCCUACACCAUCAGCGCUAUCCUGAACUCCAGUAGCGUGGCCGCGAAAGAGAACGAAGUGAGCAGCUCAGAGGAAAGCAUCAGCAACCAACCGACGAAUAGUGAAAAGUCGGAAACGGACAUGCUGCUCGAAACUGCAGCCAAGCUGCUCUUCCUAGCCGUGAAGUGGGCUAAAUCGGUGCCAUCGUUUCUGCAGCUGCCGACCGCCGAUCAGAAGGUGUUGCUGGAGGAAUCGUGGGCGGAGCUGUUUGUGAUAACCGCAGCCCAAUGGGGGCUACCGAUCGAUAAUGAUUUCAUUACCCGCAACCCAUCGGCCAGAAGGCUGCACGCUGCUAUCCAGCAGUUUGCCCUCGCACGUGUCGACUACCGCGAGGCAGCAUGUUUAAAGGCGUUAAUCUUGUUCCGUUCGGAUAAUUCGAAUCUCUACUCGUCGCACGAGAUACUACUGUUACAAGAUCAAACCAUUAGCUUGCUGCAUGAAAAGUGCGGAGGAGUCCGGCUCGGUCAUCUGCUGCUUUUGCUGCCCUGUAUCAAAUCAGCAGCCAAUCCGAAAACGUUACAGGAGAUGUUAUUCCGGAAGACAGUAGGAGAGGUUGCCAUCGAGCGGUUGUUGGGCGAUUUGAUGAGAACUUAAUGAACACGUAUGGAAGCGUAGGAUCAGUUACUUCGGAUAUCAUUCUAGUCAUAUAAUAAUGUAACAUAGUGGAUGUAAUUGAAUGCAUUUUUAUUGUGGUAAUGAAUAAUAAAUUAUUCAA